CUCCAUUACACACGCACCACCACACCAUCAGCACAUCACACCAUACAUCGUCACAUACACGCUCAAGCAAGUCCAGACAGACACCAUUCAUUGCGAUCCACAAGGCAGACACCCAAACCAGCAUGUGCCCCCUCCCCACUGUCGUGGGUGGGCCUCAUUCACCGACUCCCGCCUCCCGAUAGGGCGUCCAGGCGUUCCAGCGGCUGCAGGCCGGUGUAGCACUGGCCUUCAAUGACCCACGAGGGAAUGCCGCACGACGGCGCGCACUCGUUGGUCAGUGUGGGGUCGUUGACGCACUCGACAUAGUCGAUCUUGUCAGCUGCAUCACCGAACAUGGCCUUUUGCUGCGCGCAAUAGGGACACCAGUUCAUGCCGUACAUCACAGCUCCUGCCAUGCCAUGCCACACCAACACAGACACAUACACACAGUGUUGUUGAUUGCGCCAUGCCCAACGGGCACUCCCCCCUUGCCCGCCCAUUCAGCUCACCGACGCUGUCGAGCUGCUCAGCCACCCUGGUUCCCAUGUCCUCACCACCAUCACCAUCACCAUCAGCAUCAGCAUCGUCGGGAGGUGGGGUGGUGCCAUCCGCCACCUGCAGCCACCUCCUCGCCCCACGCAUGUUCCCGAUUUUCACAUCGACACCAACAGUGGGCGCACUGCUCAGCUGCCGAGUGGAUGCGAUAGCCUCUAGUCGCUCCAAUGGCUGCAGGCCGGUGUAGCACUGGCCUUUGAUUGUCCAUGACGGGAUGCCACACGCAGGCGCGCACUCGUUGGUCAGUGUGGGGUCGUUGACGCACUCGACGUAGGUGAUCUGGUCGACGGCAUCACCGAACAUGGCCUUCUGCUGCGCGCAGUAAGGGCACCAGUUCAUGCCGUACAUCACAGCACCUACAGGAAGUAAGACGACAACAGACAAAUGAAAAGCGCCACGUCAGCCAGCCAGCGGUGUCUCUUAUGCCGCGUACGUACCAGCGUCCUUGAGUUUCUCUGCCACUGCUGUGGCAUUCGGCGCCCCCUGCAGCUGUCUUGUUCUCAUCCGUGUGGUGUUGUCCAUGUACUCGUGGUCAAAGUUGCUCCACUUGGCCAGUGUCUCGAGUGACUGCACGCCCGUCAUCGAGUCGACCGUGUUGUUGACCGUCCGGUUGGAGGCGUCAUUGAAACGGAACCAUGAGGGCGUCUCCUUUAUCUGCAAACACACAGAUGAAUGAAACCAGAUGGUGUGCGUGGGUGGGGUGGGGGAGAGGUCAAUCAAAGCGGGCUGCUGACUGACCUCCAUGACUUCGCAUUCCUUGGGGGCUGCCUCGCACUCGACGUAGAUCUGGUGCUUCCUGAGCUUGUCGAAGGCCUCGCCGAACUCGGUCUUCUGUUUCUUGCAGUAGAUGCAGAAACGAGACCCGUACACAACCACAUCUGUAUGAGACCCCACACACCACACGAGACAGACCACCCAAUACAAUACAAUGCAUAACCACUUUCCUUCCCCGCCACCAUUCCAUAUAUUACGUACGUACCAUUUUCCUUCAUGUGAUCAGCAAGGCCGUGUGCGAAGGCCUGGCGGGCCGCAUCGAGAGUGCUCCACUGGAAGCCUGUCGCCUCAGCGACGCUCUCCGGGUCGAGCAGGUCGAAGUGCAUGGCGCCGUCGAUGCUCCAGACGGGCAGGACGGGUGGCAGGUUGGCGGCCUCGCACUCCCUGGGGGUGACCUCGCAGUCGACGAAGGCGAUGGCCUCGAAGGACUCACCGAAGGACUCCUUAAUGCUGUCGACCUUCGGAUCGCUGCCCUGGCCGUACAGCUUCGCACCUGUGUGGGUUUCAAUCAACGUGUGUGUAAGUCAGUACACAGGGGGCAGAUGCUCUGCUCGUGUCUGGUCUGUUGACUGACUGACCUUUCUCCUUGAGGUGGGCAACGAGCUCUGCAGUGGGCUGCUGGUCGGUCUGCUGCGGGCUGACCGCCCCAGCGCCAGACACCAUCACGCCCGCCAGGCCGUCCUCAUCCACUCCUUUGGUCUGCUGGUGCGGGCGGAGCUCAUUUCCCUGCAGCAGCGUCACGAGCUGCUCGAGUGUGAGGAUGCCCUCGUAGUGCUGCCCGUCGAUGACCCAUGUGGGGUAGGAGGCGAUGUUCUUGUCGAGGCACUUCUGCGGCUGGGCGUCGGGGCCGCUGCGGGCGCACUCGACGUAGUUGGGCUUGACGGACUCCCACUCCUGGCCGAAGAGCUUCUUCUGCUUCCGGCAAGCUGAGCACAGCCAUGAUCCGUAGAUGUUCGCAUCUGCGUGGCGUGAAACGACACACAGCCAGAAGUGAUUGAUAGAUACAUGGAUGGAUGUAGUCAGUCAGUGAGUGCUGUGGUUGGAAUGUGAGGGUGUGUAGUGAGUGCUGUGGAGUGGUGCAGUGGCCCACCAGGAACCCCACCCACCUUUGUCCUUGAUGAGUUGUGCCGCCAUUUUGGCCUGCUUGCGCUCCGAGUCUUCGGUGAGUGUGAAGGACUUGCCGCCAGCUGUGGAGAAGUAGUCGGCAAAGGUGAUGUUCUGCGCGGCGAAGUCACUCACUGUGGUCACACCUACACACACACAAAACCCAACAGAUGAUAUGUGGGAGGCCUCUGUCUGCUCGAUGUCCUCGUGUUGUGUAGUGUCGGCUCGCUUGGCAACUCACCGAGUACAGUGGUUCUGAAUUGGACCCAAGCGAAGAGGGCCAUGACACCUGCCAUGGUGGUACAUGUCAGGACAGCCAUCUUGGUCGGUGUGACGACUCGGGUGGUGGUUGCGAUGACGAAGAGGAUGAAGCACACGCACGCACUGAUGAUGCAGUAGGGACAAAACUCCUGGAUGUAGUAGCCCAUCAAGAUCAUCAAGUAACAGCUGCAUGCACCAAACCACCACAACAGCCACACCACACCACACCACACCCGUCAGUCAACACACAGACAGACACACAUGGAGCUUCCGAUCGCCUCCCUCCUCCCCGCGGCCGCCCCGCCCACCUGAAUGUGGCCAUGGCGGCGACGCAAGCCAGGAUGAGCACCCGAUUGACCCGCUCCCACUUGCCCCUCCCGCCAUCGCUCAGGCACUCGCACACACCGUCGCAGCCCUCAGUGCUCGAGCUGUCCCACUGCUUGAUGGGCUGCACCGACGAGGACUUGGCCAGACUCAGUGCGCGCCGCUUGCGCGCCACCAUCCUGACCAUCCGCGUCAUCAGAGGCACCAGAGUGAGGCACGCCAGAGCCACGUAGGCCAGCAGCCCGAAGGCAGCCACGGGGAAGCCCAGGAACUCAGAAAACGGACCUGAUGGACAUUGAUAGUAGAUUGACAGACAUGUCAUGUACACACCUGCUUGACCAGCAGGGUGUGACGUUCAUUAAUCACUCUCUCUCAUACGCUCGCUCAUCUAUAUAUAUGGCCCCUGACUGACUGCCUGACGUCUUGACGUACCAUCGAGGACAGCGCUGCAUCCGCCGGUUGCGCAGCCUCCCUUGUUCUUCUCACUCGAGAAGUGGCGCGCCGUUAAAUAGAGAGACUCGCCCACACCCCCCAGCGCAAUCACGCCCAUGACCACACGCACGCUCCAGUGCCACCCACCCCAGGCGAUGCCUGCUGCUGCUGCCAGUUCUGCCCUUGCUGCAGCAGUGGGCCGCUGCUUGCCUUGAUGAUGAUGUUUGUGCUGGUGGUGCUGGCCAGGCUGAGUGGUUUUCUUCACUCCCUUGGGCAUCCGCCGACUGCCGGGCAGCUGAUACGGCCCCUCUGGAGGCCAGUGCUCGUCCGUGUUGGCCUCACUGCAGACCUUGGGGGUGACAGAGUAGACUGUAGGGGUGCUGCUUUCAGGGGCGGCCAUGGCCUCCUCGACCAGCCCGGAAAGGGCCUCGCUCCGGGGGCUGUCGACCAGGUGGUCAACGGUCUGCUGGAUCCGCCGCUCGUUCUGCCUGUUGGUGUCUUGGGGGUUGAAGAUGGCGUCAGCAAAGCUGGCCUGGUCGUCUGAGUCGAGCAUAAUGCCGGCGACGUCCGUCAUGCUGGGAGUUUGGGUGAGGUGCGACGAGGGCGUCUGGAUCUGCUGGAUCUGCUGAUCUUCCAUUCUCAGUAAUGCUGAUGGUAUCGUACUCCACCGCCUAUCCGUAUCUCCUUUGAGCACUAGAG